GUGCUCAGGGGACACUGAGUUGGGGGUUUUUUUUCUUUUUUCUUUUUCCUUUUUUUUUUUUUUUUUUUUUUUUUUUAAUUUUUUUUUCCUUCUUCUUCUGCGGCGUACCUGUGAGAUUCGAUUUCACAUUUUGCUGAGCCCAUUUCGGGGCAUUUUAUUUUUCUUUCUCCUGGGAUUUUCUCCAUUGCCAGAGGAUGUCUCUUGUUGAGAGGAUGCUGAGAGGAAGAAGAAACGAAUUCUUUGACUGGCACUGAAGGAGUGGGGGGGGUAUUUUUCCCCCUCAUUUUUUAGUUUUUCUCCAUUAUUCUUUUUCUCUAGGAAAUCAUUAACUGGGGGGGGGGUCGGUAUCUUUUUUUCCCUCCCCCCCUUUUUUUGGAGGGGGAUCUCAGAAGAUCCAUCUUUCCUUUCCCCUCCCCUCCAAAGACAUUUUUUUUUUCACCCUUCGUCUUUGUGGAAAUGUGGACAUUUCGAGCAGACAGAUUGAGUGGAAUCGUCUCUGCUUUAGCAGCUCUUUGUCUCGCCUGCUGUGCGCAAAGCCCCUCCACUGGAAAUAUUUCUGUGGUGAAAGAGAUUGUGGACAAACUGCUGAAGGGCUAUGACGUCCGCCUCAGGCCUGACUUCGGAGGUAACCCUGUCACAGUGGGAAUGAGCAUCCACAUCUCCAGCAUUGACCAGAUCUCUGAAGUCAACAUGGAUUACACCAUCACCAUGUACUUCCAGCAGAGCUGGCGGGACAAACGCCUGGCCUACAACGACCUUCCUCUCAACCUGACCCUGGACAACAGGGUGGCCGACCAGCUGUGGCUGCCUGACACCUACUUCCUGAACGACAAGAAGUCCUUCCUGCACGGGGUGACGGUGAAGAACCGCAUGAUUCGGCUCCAUCCUGACGGGACCGUCCUGUACGGCCUGAGGAUCACCACCACGGCCGCCUGCAUGAUGGACCUGCGGAGGUACCCGCUGGACCAGCAGAACUGCACGCUGGAGAUCGAGAGCUAUGGUUACACGGUGGAUGACAUCGUCUUCUUCUGGCAAGGGAAUGACUCUGCUGUCACGGGGAUGGAGGUGCUGGAGCUGCCCCAGUUCACCAUCAUCGAGCAGAGGCUGGUCAGCAGAGAAGUGGUCUUCACCACCGGUUCGUAUCUGCGCUUAUCCCUGAGUUUCCGGAUUAAGAGGAACAUUGGCUACUUCAUCCUGCAGACCUACAUGCCAUCCAUCCUCAUCACCAUCCUGUCCUGGGUCUCCUUCUGGAUCAAUUAUGACGCUUCUGCUGCACGAGUGGCACUGGGGGUCACCACGGUGCUGACCAUGACAACCAUCAACACCCACCUGCGGGAGACUCUCCCCAAGAUCCCCUACGUCAAGGCUAUCGAUGUUUAUCUCAUGGGCUGCUUCGUCUUCGUGUUCCUGGCGCUCCUGGAAUAUGCUUUCGUCAACUACAUAUUCUUCGGGCGAGGGCCCCGGCAGCAGAAGAAGCAGAGCGAGCGCAUCAGCAAGGCCAACAACGAGCGCCACCGCUACGAGGAGAAGAGGGUGAGAGAGCAGGUCGACCCUUACGGUAACAUCCUCCUCAGCACGCUGGAGAUGAACAACGAGCUGCUGGCCACGGACAUGAUGAGCAGCGUGGGCGACUCUCGAAACUCUGUCAUGUCCUUCGAAGGCUCGGCAAUCCAGUUCCGCAAGCCGCUGGCCUCUCGGGAUGGCUUCGGCCACCACCCGACCCUGGACCGCCACGUCCCGCUGACCCACCACGCCGCCGCCCGCAACCGCGCCAACUGCCGCCUGCGCCGGCGGUCGUCCAAGCUGAAGCUCAAAAUCCCAGACCUGACGGACGUCAGCACCAUUGACAAGUGGUCACGGAUCAUUUUUCCGAUCACUUUUGGAUUCUUCAACCUUGUUUACUGGUUGUACUAUGUAAAUUGAUGCCUGCGGCCCUCCGAGAGAGAUAAUAGGGACAGACACUCAGACAAUGACAACACGGGAGUGUUGUGGUCUUUUGGGUUUGGGUUUUACUCUUUACUAUCAUUGUCAUUUAUUCCUAUGGUUCAUUAGAUUUAUUCUAAGCUUACUCUUCUCUUUUCAGCACAUGUAGAACCACGGAG